AUUUACAUGUUUUUUAUCUAAUUUGGUUAUUUUGGGAACUGAUAAUAUAAAAUUGAAGGACUGUUAUGGAAGUAAUUGAUUCAGACAUUGAAGAAACUCCAACAUUCACCAUGAGUUCAAACGAGACAACGGCACCAAACAUCACUUAUUUCAACUAUUAUAAUCCAGGAACUGCGUUUGAUGUUGCCAUGGACUGUUUUCUUAUAUUAGCAGUUAUUAUAUCGUUCUACAUAUUGAUGUCUUUAUGCUACUAUGAAUGGCAUUGGCACCAAACGUAUAAGAACAGAGCAAGUACAGGAAAAAGGAAAAAUUCUCGAUUCCGGACCGGACCGUGGCUUAGAAUUUUGUGUAUUCUGAGCGCUUUCUUCAGUUUUAUGAGAUGUGUUAAUGAUAUCAUAUACUAUAAAGCAUCAGACAUGAGUGAUAUUCCAUGCACUAUUUUGAAGAACAUUGGCGUUUCCUGGUUGAUCGAAGUUGACACCACAGUCUAUUUGUUUUUGUGGCUACGACAAAGAGUUUUGUAUCAAAAAAGAAUUAUGAGACGAAUGGCAAACCCUCUGACGUCAAUAUGCAGCUGGAUGUCUCUUAUACUUAUCGUUGCAAUAUUUAUUGUAAUGAAUGCAGCUCUUCUACUAUGGAGAAAUUAUCACUAUGAACCACAGCUAGGAAAGUGUGUUGGAAUUGAGAACGCUGUUUACGAUGUGAUACCGACGCUCUGGUUGGUCAGCAGUACGAUUUUGCACAUCUUGCUUGUGGCACUAUGUGUCUAUCCUUUAAUCAGACACACUACAAAGUUGGAGCAACGACGAAAAAGCUCUAUCCCAGCUCUAGCAGCAAAUGACGUGAGAGGGGCGUCGAAGCGAUUGAAAAAAGACUCUACGACACCGUCUAAUGGACAGAAAAACUUAAUGCAAGUCGUCACUAGAUGUGUUAUCAUUUCAUUAGUCUGCGUCUUAACCGAUGGAUUGACGAUUGCUGUGACCCGUUACUGGUUUGUUCAUUCAUACGAAACUAAAUUAAGGCAUUUUAUUUACAACAUCAAUACACUGAUCAACGUUACAGCUAUUGUAUGUAGCUUUAAACAAUGGAAAGCAAUGUUGCUCCCCUGCUAUACUUGCAAUGACGAUGACGCAGAAGCUGACGACAUUGAUGAUGUUGCAUCGAGGAGAACCUUACAGUAUACUACAACAACAAGCCAUGCGCAUGCUAAUCGCAUUUGAAGAAACCUCAAGCGAUUCAGUGCAGUAUAACUAUAUAAUUAUGUCGGAUAGUCUUAUUUUAAAAGAACACAGUCAGCUUAAAUUUUCAUACAAUUCUGAACAUGACGAGAUACUUGAGGUUUUUCCGGUCAUGGAACCCUACUUUGUACAUAUUUGACUUUGACUACUCAUGCUACAGUUAAUUUUGUUUUGCAUAUUCAAAAGUGCAUUU